AUGCUCUCUGAUCACAAUACAUCCUACGGACUUGUCAAAAUCGCCCUCCUGCUCGUGACGGGUGUCUCCGGCCAUCUCUCUCUUUCACCGCCCAAUCCACCUGUUCCUAAGACGCAGUGUCUCGAGCGCAGGACGUUCUUCGAGAGAUGUGUGCGGCACGUUACAUUCUGCAGCAAAAUGAUGAUCUGGGCGGAGACAAUUUGUGACAUCCUCGCGACCUUCGCACACGUCUACCCCGCAUACCCACUCUCACCUAUCCUCUCUCGCCUCCUUUGCCCUUUUACCCCACCCUUAGCACUCACCAAGUCGCACCCGUUGCUCUUGCUGGGCACCCUCUCCGUCCUUUCGGGCGCCGUCAUCCGUCUAGCGUGUUUCCGCGCACUCGGCCCUCUAUUCACCUUCGAGCUUACUAUCACGCCCUCGCAUCGGCUCGUUUCCGGCGGGCCCUACGCGAUUGUGCGACAUCCGAGCUACACAGGCGUCUUCCUCACGCUCGUUGGCGCGUCCGCCGUCGGGCUCGCUCCUGGUGCGUGGCUACGAGAGUGUUGGCUCCGCCCGUGCGUGCCCUACGUGGGUGUACUGUGCGUGCCGCGCGUCGGGGCCACCGUCGCGUGGGCUGCGCUCACGUUCUGGGUGGUGAAGGUGUCGUAUGCAAUGUGGUGUACGCUGGUGAGACUGGCGAGAGAGGACGAGGAGCUGCAUCGCGCGUUCGGGAAGACGUGGGAGGUGUAUGCAGAGCGUGUGCGAUGGAGGCUAGUCCCUGGAGUAUAUUAG